GAUGAGCAACUGUUCAUAACAUUUUAAUUAGCACUGCAUGCACAAAGCAAGAAAAGCGUAUUCAUCAAACUGCGCUGGAUAAACCGUCAGAUAAACGCUUUUAAGUCUUUUUGAUUUCAGAGUCAACGACGCACAGUUCAUGUUCUACAGCCCGUGAUACAGGCUUGGAGAUUAGUGGAAAAGUGAUGUGUUUCUUGAAAUUUCUCCGACACGUUUUCUUCUUGAUCGGCAUAAUUCAAUUUGCAGAAGGUUUAUUAUGUGAUGUUACGGAAGGGAAACUGUUGGAAUGCGGAAAUAAAGUGAAACAGCAAGAUGAAUGUCCAAAAACGUGUUGCUUCAACCACACAGUUUAUCCUCCCUGCUAUUUUAAAGAGAGAGAUAAUAGUCCCAUCCAACACGGAAACGGACUCUGCGUCAAUGUGAAAGAUGCAAGCAGUCUCAUUUGGUCACGGGACUGCACUUCAAGAAAUGCUUUCUUUCUCAUGUCAUAUGACUAUCCACCACACCAUCUGGCGACAGGAAAAUGUUUCUUACCAUUUGUCACGGAGGAUUAUAAACCAGGGGAAAAUGUUGAACUUAUACUAAUAAACAGCAAAUAUUGUGGUGGAAUAUUUGGAAGAUAUCGACAAACAACAAAUGGAAAUUUAGAGUUCUACAAUGGAAAUUCACCGUACAAAUUAUGCAUUGGUGGUUCAUUAGUGAUCAGUAAUAAAUGGGAGCCUCAAGUAAAUGAAGAAGUCUUUAUCAACUACGAUACCUGCAACGUAAAUAAUUCGUGCAAAUUUAUCUAUGUUUACGAAAGGAAGUUUCAGCAGGGAGAAAAUUUAACCAUUCAUUGUAGUGAAUCGUGUUCUAGUUCGGUCAUCAAAGUCCGAUCAGCUGAAUAUGGUGUUUUAAUGGAUAGAAAACCAUAUAAGAUAUCCUCGAGGAUAAAAGACUGUCUUUCAAUGUCGGCGUUGAGUGUUUUGCAAAAGAAGUGCAACGGAAGGAGUAAAUGUUCGUUUACAGUAUACAAAGAUGAAUUCCUAUCAAAGGCAUCUAAAUGCAAUAAAAACACAACACUGCUUGUUUAUUACACUUGCAAGACACCAACUUUAGUAAGCAGUACGACUCCAGUAACGUACAUCAAGACUGUUGAAACAGGAUAUCUUACAAAUGGCACCUCAUCUAUGGAAAUCGGCAAGAUGAAAAAGAAGGCAAACCCACAUUGUAGUAUAAAUGGGAUUUCGUUUCUAUCAAAGAAUUGGUACUUUAUUCUAGUGGCGAUGAUUUUAUGGAUAAUUUUUGGAAUUUUUCUUUCUUUUUUGAUCUUUGUGCGUUAUCGUCGAAGAUGGUUACAUAAGCAUCUUCAAUCUGCUUCAAAAAAGAAGAAAAGCCAAACCACUGAUGCUUUAUAUGAAGAAGUAGAUUUAUCGAAAAUGAAAAAAGAGGAAAGAUACAAAUCAUCGACGGCAAAAGGCGAUAUGUUUGAUACAACAUAUCAAAGCCUGGACGAUGCGAAAGUCGAUACACAAAAUAACUACCAGUCUUUGGUGGUGAAUAUAAAGAAUAAAGUUAAAAAUGAUAAAGAAUCAGCUUAUGAAGAGGUGCAUUGAAGACAUUUUGCUUUUUUGGACAGUUUCAGUUCUGUCUAUGUUUAUGCAUAUUUAGAAUAUAGAGAGACGAAUUAUAGAAAGAACAUAUAACUAAGGUAGAUGGCAAUCUAUAGCAGGUUUUUUAGAACCAUACGAAUUACGUUAUUAGUUUUACUCAUUCAUCUCGUAGUUGAUAUUACGUAUCAAGCAGAUUUUAGGUAUUAACUUAAGAAAAAACUUUAUGACAUUUUGAUUGAAGUUUUUCUGGUUCACGCCAAUGUGAUUGAACUUAAAAGUAAAUAUUAAAGUUAAUAGUAGUGAAUUGCAUUAAAAGUAUAUAAAUAAUAAUUUGCAUGCAUAUAUUCAAAUAUAAGAGACAAUUAUAUGUAGUUGAUAACAUUACUUUUAUGGAGAAUAAUUAAUUUUUAUUCCUUUUCUAGCAGUUUAAAUGUCACUAACAAAUUCGUUACAGUCUUUUUCGACUUUGUUCACCCGAUUUUUCUAUAUCAUUCAAACGUGCAGACAAUAUUGAAUAUAUAAGUGGCGUAGCUAAUUCAGUAAUUUGGAGAGGACCCACACUCGAAUAUGUCUGUUUUGUUCAAUUUUUAUGAUACAAGCUAGCUACUAUAACUAUGUACGUUGAAUGUGUGUUUAUUAUAUCAAUAAAAAGUCAAAGUAUGGUUUGA